GUGUUCUGGGUACCGUGUGGUGGCUGGGGUUGAACCUAGGCCUCUUGCAUGACAAGCAGGUGCUCUAGCUCCCACUGCGCCAUCCCCGAAGCCCAAGAAUGCACUUUCUGUUCAGAGAAAAACUCCAGGGGAAUAACCAUGUCACUGUUAAUGACGGUGGGGGCUGAUUGGGUGGCAGAGGGCAUUCUCAGGCCAGUGGGCAAAGUACUUGCAUUAGUGUCUGGCAGCUGAAGAAGCAAUAAAAACUGUGGGAUGUCUUGGGAAGGCAGGGAGUUCAGGUUCAGAGGGCUUGGAACCUGAGAGACUCCGAUUCUGACUCUGAGGAAGGAGCUACAGGUGGAGAAGCCGAAAUGGAUUUCCUGCGGAGUCUCUUCACCCAGACUCUGGGCCUGGGAUCCAAGAAAGAGCGUCUGCUAGAUGAGCUCACCCUGGAGGGGGUGUCCCGCUACAUGCAGAGCGAGCGCUGUCGCAGUGUCAUCUGUAUGGUGGGAGCCGGAAUCUCCACAUCCUCUGGCAUCCCCGACUUCCGCUCUCCGACCACUGGGCUCUACGCCAACCUGCAGAAGUACCAGCUGCCCUACCCUGAGGCCAUCUUUGAGAUUGGCUUCUUCAAGAAACAUCCUGAGCCCUUCUUCGCCCUUGCCAAGGAGCUCUAUCCUGGGCAGUUCAAGCCAACUAUCUGUCACUACUUCAUUCGCCUGCUGAAGGAGAAGGGGCUGCUGUUGCGCUGCUAUACACAGAACAUCGACACCCUGGAGCGCGUGGCAGGGCUGGAGCCCGAGGACCUGGUGGAAGCCCACGGCACUUUCCACACGUCCCACUGCGUCAGCCCACAGUGCCAGCAGGAGUAUCCCCUGAGCUGGAUGAAAGAGAAGAUCUUCUCCGAGGUGACCCCCAAGUGUGACAAGUGUCAGAGCCUAGUGAAGCCUGACAUCAUCUUCUUCGGUGAGAGCCUGCCAUCACGAUUCUUCUCCUGCAUGCAGUCGGACUUCCAGAAAGUGGACCUGCUCCUGGUCAUGGGCACCUCCCUGCAGGUGCAGCCCUUCGCCUCCCUCAUCAGCAAGGCUCCCCUCUCCACCCCACGCCUGCUCAUCAACAAGGAGAAGACCGGCCAGACGGACCCAUUCUUGGGGAUGAUGAUGGGCCUGGGAGGCGGCAUGGACUUUGACUCCAAGAAGGCUUACAGGGACGUGGCCUGGCUGGGGGACUGUGACCAGGGCUGCCUGGCCCUUGCUGAUCUCCUUGGAUGGAAGAAGGAGCUGGAAGAUCUUGUUCGGAAGGAGCACGCACGCAUCGACUCUCAAUCGGAGUCAGUGGCGAGCCCCAACCCCACUUCCACAGCCUCCCCCAAGAACUCCCCACCUGCCGCCAAGGAUGGGGAGAAGCCGCAGUGACAGCUGUGUGGCUGUGUGUGUCCCCCACCCUGAUCAGAACCUCCUUCAGGGCAGCCCUGACCCCCUCUAACUUGCACUCUUCUCUGGGGGUGCUGAGCAGUUGCCCAACCUCUUACUCGAGUCCCCAAAGCCAGAGUGCCCCCCCAACCCUUAGCCCCGACCAAUCUAAUACCCGGGACUGACUUGGGGGAACCUGCUUAAUAGCCCCAACCCCUUCUGCGGGUAUGGUGCAGCCUCUCCUAAUCUCCUAACUGCUCCCAACAGCCAGGGGAACCUCAGACUGCUAACCAUCCUAGACGGGAGUCCCUGUGGCCACAGAUACAACCUAACCAAGCCUGGCUGGGGGUGUGGGCCCUGCACUCAAACCACUUUGGUGGGCUCUGAGUCUAGAGAUCUCAGAUCCCAAAGUGGGUGCUUCCCACGCUGUCUUAGGGGGCCCCUUCCUGUGAAGGAUCGGGCAGCCCACUGGUUACUCUGCUGGAUAUGAUGAAUUAAAAAGCAAAAUCUAACCAA